CACUCUUGAGCGUUUCGGACUGCAACGUUUUCCUAGCCGAUGAUCGCUUACACCGUUAGAUUACAUUUGACAAAUACGAAGAAAAGGCGAAUGUGUGUGUGUCCAUGGAAUCCUUAAAAAUAUUCAACGCUUAGCUGCGAGUGAGCAACUUAUUCUACUGUGAACCAUGUUACCGUUACUUAUCUGAAAGGGCCGUCGAUGUGAAAAAACGUAUCCUUAUCAGAUUUCUAGCAUAUGCCGCCGAUUUUUAGCUCAUUCCAUGUGUCGACGUUAUUUGGGUUUGGAGCAAAAUGUGAUGUCGUUUUUUGACAAGGCUGACGGCCAUUGAACAUGGGUAAGAUCAACGAACCCCUCUUUCCCGACAUUUUUCGAGGGGUCGUUGUCAAUCAGGGGUUAAUGUCUUUUGCCACGUGGCAUAUGAGCUGAGUCAUGUUCGAUCAAUAGAACGAAGGGUUGCGCUGACCGGUUAUCACGUGUUGGUGCCGCGGGGUAUUUUAUUGUAUUCUUGGUGUCCGAAGUUAGUAGGUCCUAACGCAUUCUGCGCUCUUGUUCACACCGGCGGUUGGAUUGAAAUUUCCUCGCCAUUAUGGCGAGUGGUGUAAUGGAUUACGGGGAUAUGGAACUAGAUAGUAUGCUAAAUGAAAUAGCAUGCGUGGAAGGAGGUGCUUUGGAAUACACCGAUGAUUGGGGAUCAUCGCCGACUUCGAGCUCACCCCAGGAUUUCAACUUGGAUGAUUUCAAUACGGAGAUGAACUUCGGCGAAGGCAUUGAUCUGGAGAAACUUUGCCAAGAAGUCCUGAACUCUGACGACGUAUCCGCGUCACCUAUAAAAUUGGAAACCAAUUUCUCCAAUAGCCCUACUAGUUCAAGUUUCUCCGACUCUGAUUCUAUCGAAGCACCGGCUCAGCCAUCAGUUGUCACUGUCCCGGUGUACGCAUCUUCUGCAACUGUGGGAGAACAAAUCAUUCUGCCGAACGGUGUUCGAACCCGUGUCUUGAAAGUCUCUCGAAAUUCUCCUCUACCUUUGAUCGUGGGAAGAUCAGGAGUCUUGAAAUCACCAACAAAGAUACGCAUUGUCAGGGGAGCAAGUUUAUCCGCUGCCGUACAGUCGAAUAUGAGGCUAACGGCAGAGCAGCUAAAACAAUUCACAGUUGUACGAGCGUCGCGGUCUCCUUCAUUUUCCGAAUCCGUGGACGAAGUAUCUAUUUGCUCACCUGCAUCUUCUGGAAACGCGUACGACGAUAUCAAUGAAGGCGAUUUUAAACCACUUAUUCUAACUGAUGAAGAACGGAAAAUCAUGAUUCAAGAGAAGAUCACACUUCCUUCACACUACCCAUUGACCAGGGAGGAGGAGCGAAAUUUGCGCAAGAUCCGUCGCAAAAUCCGGAACAAGAGGUCUGCCGAAAAUUCUAGGAAGAAGAAACAGAUUUACGUUCAAGACUUGGAAAAGAGGGUGAAGCUAUGUAUGAUGGAGAAGGCGAAUUUGCAGAAACGUGUUUCCAAGUUGGAAAGCGAGAACGCGUCAUUGUUGUCCCAACUGAAGAGCGUGCACACCACUAUGGCAGGAUUGGCGGGCAAGGCCGCCCCGACUUCUACUGCAUUCCUUGUCCUCAUGGUCUCCAUGGCUAUGUUGAUGGCUCCCAACAUGAACAUUUCAUCCAAAUUUGAUGCCGACAAUGCGCUCGAGACGCAGGAAGUCUCUCAGGACACUAACGUCAACUCGGCUGUUCCGGCUUCGCCACACAAGAGAAUGUUAUUAUCAGAUAACCGAAACCUGGAGGAAACUAACAGCUUGGAAAGGGUCUGGAGAGACCUUGCCGCUUUCAAAAAAAGCUUUUCCUUCCUACCGGAGGAGACGAACGAGGAUAUCAGCGCUACGAAACGUAGCAGAAUUGAUCUUGACCCUGGGGAAGGAUUAAAGCGUCAGGACUUCCUAAAAAUGAUGGGCGAGUUAAUGGACACGGACGUGGCAAACCAAAUAAAAGUAGCCGAAGAAGUGAAGAAAGUUGCAAGUUCCACUACUGUAUAUCUGCAAACGAAUGGAACUCGUGCUAUCUGAGGCUGCGAUCAGCGUCCUGCUUUGCCGCACAAGGAUUUCAACUUCAGAGACUGCGGAGAUCUCCGCAAACAAGGAAUAAAAAUAAUCUAGAUGGCACAUGCUGCGUGUUGAAACAUUCGUUAGCCGAGUGAACGGACCCACGAUUGGCGAGAGGCUGAGAGAGGAAAAGAGUGACUGAUGCUGUGCAGUUGAUAUUUACAUGAAAUCGCCGUUCGGUGGUGGACAACAAUGCAUUCAUAUAAGAUGCAUCCCUUGGGAGAGAAGAGGAAUGCAUGUGUUGUUGGAGAGAUGGAAGGUUGUGUGAAGUCCUGAAGGAAUCGUCGCGUUUGUUGAGUUACUGCCUGAUUCAUUUUCAUUCUUUAUGGGUGGUGCUAUUACCUUUUGAUGUAUUGCAUGAUGCGGUGUGAAAAGUUCUUCUUGUCAAGUUUUAAUUUCCUCUUUCAACCAUUGAAGCGGUGAAUUAUUUAAGGACAGGUGUAAUUUUGAGUCUUCGGUUUUCUGACGAAAAAGGACGAAUAAAAAGUUGUUCAUUUCAAAAGA